UCACUUUCUCUGUUCUGGAAGGAGAGGAAGGAGGAGAGUACAUACCCAAUCUCAAGUAGCUAUCCAGUCACUUUCUCUGUUCUGGAAGGAGAGGAAGGAGGAGAGUACAUACCCAAUCUCAAGCAGCUAUGCAGUUGAACCCAUGUGAGAGCUCCAGCCCAUUGUUUCUUCUCCAAAGAGGAGAGUGUGUUGUUUCGGCAGUGAUGUCAAUAGGCUCCCUUCGCUGUUCAUCUUGAAGGGCCAAAGGGAAAUUCCUAAAAGCUUUUGAUAGACCACAGAACAAAACCUUUUGGGAACCACUGCUGUAGCCUGUAUGUCACUGAAGGGCAUUGACCGGCUGGACCCUGGGCAGAUGGCCUUUUCCAGUGCCAGUGGGUAGGAGUAGAGGAACAGGUUGGUGUGAUGAGGAAUGUGCAGUGACAAUAAGUUCAUUGACCGGAGAGGGAGCCUCUGUCUCUCUGCGUGUCCCCACCACACCCUCAUCACCAGUCAUCACAGCAUUCUCUCCAUUCUCUGCAGCCUGUAGACAGGACAAAUGUCACUCUGGGAAUAGUGAGGAACCCCUCUUAAAAUCACUCGAACUUCAGUGUGAGAGGAACACUAUCGUAGCACUGCUGUAGCUCCUGGAGGGAUUCUCUCGGUUGGGAUUCUAAUAUAUCAAGCUGCGGGGCGACCAGGGUGGCCGGGAUGCCACUGUGUGCCCUGCCAGUCCACGGUGGAUGCUGAGGGGCAGGAGGACGGAGUGGUGGGGACGAAGUGUAGCAGGCUGGGAGGGCACCACACAUCUGGAGACAUGAAUCUCUGCUGGAACGAGAUCAAACGCAAGUCCCACAACAUCCGGGUGCGGAUAGAGGCGUUCUCCGACAACAGUGGGAAGCUGCAGCUCUCCCUGCAGGAGAUCAUAGACUGGCUGACGGCCAAGGACGAGGAGCUGUCGGAACAGCUGCCCAUAGGGGGCGAUGUGGGGGCCGUCCAACACCAAAGGGAGUUCCACCAGGUCUUCAUGGAGGAUGUCAAGUCUCGGGGGCCCUUCAUCUACUCGGUGCUGGAGUCUGCCCAGGCGUUCCUGACACAGCACCCCUUCCAGGAGCCCGAGGAGACGCUGCCCGACGGAAAAGAAGUGUCUCCGAGGAAACGGAUCCUGAACGUGAGUCGCUCGGUUUGGAAGCAGGCCAAUGUAACCAGUGACCUGUGGGAGAAGCUGACUGCCCGCUGCGUGGACCGACACAGGCACAUGGAGCGGACCCUGGAGCGACUGCUGCAGACGCAAGCAGCCAUGGAGGAGCUGGCGAUGGCCCUGGAGCAAGCUGAGGGCGUUCGGGAUGCAUGGGAGCCUGUAGGGGACCUCUUCAUCGACUCCCUGCAGGACCACAUUGACGCCACCAAGUUGUUUAAGGAGGAGCUGACGCAGGUGAAAGAGGGCAUGAAGCACAUCAAUGACCUGGUUCAUGAGCUGGCCAUCUCUGACGUCCAUUUGUCCAUGGAAAACUCCCGCUCCCUGGAGCACCUCAACAGCCGCUGGAAACUACUGCAGGCCUCCAUUGAAGAGCGUCUGAAGCAGCUGCAAGAUGCUCACAGAGACUUUGGCCCUGGAUCCCAGCACUUCCUGUCCAGUUCAGUGCAGAUACCCUGGGAACGUGCCGUCUCGCCAAACAAAGUGCCCUACUACAUCAACCAUCAGGCCCAGACGACGUGCUGGGACCAUCCAAAAAUGACGGAGCUGUACCAGGUGCUGGCGGAUCUGAACAACAUCAAGUUCUCAGCGUACCGGACAGCCAUGAAGCUGCGGCGGGUGCAGAAGGCUCUGAGAUUGGACCUGCUGAGGCUGGUGAGUGUGGUGGACGUGUUCAGGGAGCAGGAUCUGCAGCAUGGGGAACAUGUGAUGGAUGUGGUGGAGAUGAUUCAUGCCCUGACUGGCCUGUAUGAGAGACUGGAGGAGGAGAGGAGGGCCAUCGUGGUCAACAUCCCUCUCUGUGUGGACAUGUGUCUCAACUGGCUGCUCAACGUCUACGACAGUGGUCGCAAUGGGAAGAUACGCGUCCUCUCCUUCAAGACGGGACUGGUGAGCCUGUGCAAUGCGGAUGUUCAGGAGAAGUAUAAAUGUAAGUAUGAGUCCCGUUCAUGUAGACACCACAACCCUGCAGCCCCCUAACAAAGGAAGAAAAUAAAAAACCAGCCUGAUUGC